UAGGACGCGUGCGCAGACCUGGGGGCUGUUGGUGGUGGUGGGGGGCGGGGGGAGAACAACGCAGACUUCACCUUUGAUUCCCCAGUGGUUUAGAUUCUUGCUGAAUGUUUCCGGCUGGAGGCCGGUACAAAAACAGGUUGUGUCUGCGAUGAGCACCUGGGCUUGGCUCCGUUUCCCUACACCGCUGAUAAGGAUGUGCUCGGGGAACUGGGGACUCGGGCUUCAGGAGAAGCCAGCACUGCUCUUCCCAGGAAUGGCUGCUGCUGCGGUGCAGGUGGCAGGCAGGAAGGACUAUCCUGCUCUGCUUCCCCUGAAUGAGAGUGAGCUUGAAGAACAGUUUGUGAAAGGCCAUGGUCCAGGGGGCCAGGCCACCAACAAAACCAGCAACUGUGUAGUGCUCAAACAUGUGCCCUCCGGCAUUGUGGUCAAGUGCCACCAAACACGAUCAGUGGAUCAGAACAGAAAGAUAGCUCGGAAAAUCCUCCAGGAAAAAGUGGAUGUCUUCUACAAUGGCGAAAACAGCCGUGUCCACAAAGAAAAGCUGGAGGCUGAGAGGAAAAAGCAAGCAAGGAAGAAAAGAGCAAAGGAGACCCUAGAAAAAAAGAAGUUGUUGAAAGAACUAUGGGAAGCAAGUCAACACGUCCCUGAGGAAAGGACUGGUGCUGACGCUGUACCAGGGGGCUUUCGGGAAUAACGGUGGUAAUGCCUGGCACCGGUGUUGGCGCAUCUAAAGAAAAUGUCCUGGAGGCGGGAGUGGUGGUGCACACUGCGGUCUCGGCACUCGGGAGGGCCAGGGCUUGGGCAGAAGCACUUGUCCCACAAGUGAGUUUGAUUCUCAAAAUCCACAUAAGGGUGGAAGGUCAGAACUGACUCCAGAGUCCUCUGACUUCCUGAUGUACGCUAUUCCCUGUGUGCCCACACUUGUCACACACAAAAAUGAACAAGCAAUACAAGGUUGAGAUAAAAACAGUUUGAAAGAGUACUGAUAUUAGUUAACCCCACUUUUAUGGCAAGUUGAACCAAACAAUAGCACUUAGUGGUAUCUUGUCAACUCCAGGAACAUUGCUGAGCUGCCUUAAGGUAUAAUUUAGCCUUAGUUUUUGGUAAAGAGUAGUAAAGAAAAUGAACCAUCAGUGAAGUGGCACUAAGUUACCUGCUGUGCUUGCUGGUUUUAACAAUUCACACAAGCUAGCAUCACCAGGGAAGUUUUAGUGAGAAAUUAUAAGGAUGUCUGUGGGAAUUAUCUGUAUUGUUAACUAAGUCAGAAAACCCAGCUCAUUGUGGGCAGCAUCAUUCCCUAAGCAGGAAUCCAGAAUACAAGAAAGCUAGCUAAGAAAAGCAAGCAACGAUGCUUUUACUCUCUUGACUGGAUGUGGUAUACUACUGAGUUCCUACCCUGACUUCCCCAAGAUGACUUACUGUAACUUGAAAUAGCAAGCUAAAUAAAUUCUUCUU